AUGCCGCCAACACUCCCCAGCCUCCUCGAAACAACCCUCAUUCUCAGCGACCAAUUCUGCGCCAGUCUCUCAUCCCCGCUCCACCCCUCCAAAUCAAAACCCAGUGACAACAAAGACAAAAACCCCGCGCCCCUCCCUCUCCUUUCCACCUCCGCCACAGCCCUCAAAGCUCAAGUAACAAAGCUAUCUCUCCUAGCCGUAAACGCCCCUUUUACUCCCUCUGCCGUCAUUUCCGUCCUGUCAACGGUGAACGAAUCCAUCUCCCCUUCACUGGUCACUGCUGCGCUCCUCACGACACCAUCAGAAUAUACACAGGCAUUUCAUGCAGAAGCGAAAUUGCUGGUUAAAGAUGCGCUGAGGGAGUUUAGGAGUUUGGCAGGGCAUGUCAAGGUGAUUUCCUUGGGAGUCGGUGGUGAUAUGUGGGAGACAGUUACAGUGACAGAGCAGCAGAAGGCGGAAGUCAUGGCGUCGACGGGACGAGUGUGGAAGACGUGCGACCAGCUGGUGUCGUUUGCGGAGGAGGGAAUUGUGGAGUUUUUAGCGAGGAAGGCGAAGCAGUAUCUUGAGCUGGUGAGGGACGGGAUUAGGGAGCUAGAGGAGUGGAAUCCCGAACAAGAAGGGGGCGAUGAGGAUGCUUUUUGGGAUGAUGAAGAAAGCGAUGAAUUGGGGAAUAUGGAAGAUGAGAACGCGUCUCACGGCAAAGGAGCGGCCACUGAUAAAAGCCAUGAUGGAGAUAUUACUGCAAGCCUCCAGUCCGAAAAGUCGCAUAUUCUCCGCCUCCUCAACCCCAUUGCGCAGAUAUACCCAGCUAUAAUAUCCCAACGUCUGGAAAAGAAAACAUCUCCGUCCUCUUCUACAUCUAAAGACCUAGCACAACAAAAGCAACCACCCUUAUCACCACCGCAAAUCUCCCAACUCGAUCGCCUCAUCCAACAUUUGCGAGAGUUGCCCAACCUCGUGGACGAAGCGGCUGGCUCCUUGUACGACCAUGACAUCGACAAUGCAGUCGUGAAUAUGAUGAAGCUCCGCAAAUGCGCCAUUGCGGCGGCGGAUAUAGCCCGGUCACCGCUGGGCACCAAUGGCAGAAGCAGUGUGCUAGCCAAGGAGGAGGGGAGAGGGAGUGGAGAGAAAGAAGACAUGCAGAAUACGACAAGUGACGAUAAAUUUCCGAAGUGGGUGGAUACGUGGACGAGGGUUGUCGAGGAGAUUGCGAAAUCUAGAGGCGAGGCGGUUAAAGGAUGA